UAGUUCAGCCAAGACCAACCGGGUUCAAAUGAUUGUUAUUUCAUGUUCUUCCUUAAACCCUUGCAGGCCUUCCUGACCAUCUUCUGUUACCGUUUCGACCUUCGAGAGUCGAGACCUUCGAAUCUUCAAUCAUGAAGUUCAUACAAUCCAUUACUGGGCAUCGUCGAGCAUUGACUCGAGUUCUAGGGUUCCGUACCUUUGCUGCUUCGACGGAAGAAUACGCGAAGAGAAAUUAUGCAAACAAUGUUUCAGAGUAUAACACUGUUAUGGGUUCUCUAACUGCUCAACGAAGGCAUUUCUUGCUGAGAGAUGUCUACGAUGAUAUGCUGCUCGAUGGAGUACAGCCAACCAGAGAUACAUUUCAUUCGCUGAUCAUUGGCACUAUGAAGGGAGCUCGUUUGCAGGAUGCUUUUUUCUUCAGAGAUGAAAUGAAGUCAAUGGGUUUGUUACCUGAUGUUUCUUUAUACAACUUCUUGAUUUCAACCUGUGGAAAAUGCAAGAAUUCUGACCCUGCAGUACAUAUUUUGGAAGAAAUGAAGAGAAACGAGGUCAAACCAAAUGGGCAAACCUACAUCUGUCUGCUCAAUGCGUGUGCAGCAACUGGCCGAUUGGAUCGAGUAUAUGCAAUUGUCCGUGAUAUGACUGCAGCUGGUCUUGGUUUAAACAAGUUUUGCUAUGCUGGACUUAUAGCCGCACAUAGAAACAAGACACCAACAACAGAUGAUACAACUGCAAAAAUAAUUGAGCUUGUUGAACAGUCGAAGGGCUGGUCUUCAGUCGAUGCGUCCAGCGAUUCUGCUGAAAAUGUGAUGAUGGGUGUCCCCGAGGAAGAACUAUAUAAUAUCCCAACAGCGGAAUUUGUGCAUAGACGUGCAUUUCUAAAUAGGCAACUGACAGUUUAUCAUGUUGCAUUUCAUGCUUGUGCAGAGCUUAAGAGUACAGAGACAUUGGAAACACUUUUGGAGAUGCUCAAGAAGGAUGGUAAAACUCCUGAUGUAUUUAUAGUGAUGCAAUCUAUGAGGUGUUAUUUACAUUCUGGAGACAUUGAUCAUGGGCUAAAAUUGUUUGAGGACUACAUGAGUUCAGGGAAGCCGCCAAUGGUUGAACUAUAUGUGACACUUGUAGAAGGAGCAAUGGUUGGGCAUACUCCUAGGGGGAUGCAAAUAGCUCAAGACACCCUGGAAAAAAUGACUUCCAGAAAUUUCUUUUUGAAUCCAAGAAUGGGUAAUGAACUCCUCCUUGCGGCAUCAGGUGAAAAGACUGGUGGAUACACGACUGCUAACUACAUUUGGGACCUGAUGCAAGCUCGUAACAUUACCCCUUCCCUGCCCGCUGUGGAAGCCUAUUAUAAUGGUUUAAAGGAGCGCGAGAUACCUGCAGAUGACCCACGGCUCUUACUGGUCUCUCGGACAUAUGAAAAAAUGCGUCCCAGGUCUGGACCAGCCAGAUUAUCUUAGUUGGAAGGAUGCUGAUUUGGAAUAUUGCAUGUAAUAAUGACAUUUCCGUCUAUAUAUUAUCAAUGUUUCGAAAGAGUAGCUUUUCCUAUUAGAGUUGCAUGUGUCAGAAUUUUUACUGCUCUGCUCUGGCAUGAAUCCCUUGAUAUGUAAGAUCUUUCCUCCAUCUCCUCACAUUCCCAAGUUGUAGGUUUAGGCAUAGAAAGUGAUACAUUCCCAAGUGAUCCUUGUAAUGUUGUAAUGGAUGUGCAGGGUGAAGUAGUGAACCCUACUGGAUUUCUUUUAAUAGCCAAGCCAGAAUCCAUAAUGAUCUUCAGUGCAGGAUAAGAUUGCCCAAUAUUGUCUUUCCUGAUGAAGCAGCGAGAUCAGAGUUGUGACUUGUGAGAGAUCAAUUGCUUUGGAUCCCCUUGAAACUAAUUUUGAUUCUUCACCCUCAUAUUUGUUGCAUCACAAAGAAAGUUGCAGAUGAUCUGCUUGUGGCUUGACAUGGAUACACUGGUACACAGUUUGUCUUUAACAUGCCCAUGCUCGAUUGACAGCUUGUUAAGCAACCAUCUUUUACUCGACUCUUGUAUUAGGUUACUUUAGAGAAUGAUGGAUAACAUUUGAAUUAUUUCAUGUCAAUAUGUUCUGCCCCUGAGAGCUAUUACAAUGCAUAUCAAAGUGGUCUUUGAGAAAUCUAAAUUUUUGAAAUAAA